AUGUCGUCGCCGUCCACGGGCACCGGCGCCGGCCGCUUCGAUAUGGAAGUAGUUGACCACCAGCAGGGCUACGGCAGCGGCGGCGGGAGCAGUAACCCGCGGAGGUGCGCCGCGUGUAAGUACCUGCGGCGGAGGUGCGCCCCCGACUGCGUCCUCGCGCCCUACUUCCCGGCGUCGCAGCCCCGGCGGUACGCCGACGUGCACGCCGUCUUCGGCACCAGCAACGCCACGAGGGUGCUCCAGAGUUUGCCGGUGCAGGAGCGAGGCCGGGCGGCGGACACGAUGGCCGCGGAGGCGCGGUGGCGGGUGCAGGACCCGGUGUACGGCUGCACGGGUGUCAUCGACCGCCUGCAGCAGGAGAUCCGCGCCGUGCAGCACGAGCUCGCCAGGACGCGGGCGCAGCUCGCCGCCAUGGUAGUGCACGCCGGCGCUCAUGGCAUCGCCGUGCAAGAGGAGGAUGAAGCGCCGUUCAUGGACCCCGACGAGUUCCUCGACCUCGACGGCCGCCUCUGA